AUGGAGUACUGGAAUGCCGUGGCAGAGUUCAGGACCACUACCCGAUAUUCCUACCAGAUGGACAACGGUACACUGAGAAGGAACCUCCCAAGGGAUCGCACAGUGGGCCAAACACCCUUCCAAGUUGGAAGUGGAGUGGACUUUGCAGGACCGUUGAGGUACCAGAAGAGAUCAAAAACUGAAGGAAAGGCAUACAUCCUACUAUAUGCUUGCAGCCUUACAUGUGCUGUGUAUGUAGACCUUGUGCCAAACCUUGAGACCACUGAGUUCAUUAGAAGCUUGAAGUGCUUCAUCGCCCGACGUGGGAGACCGCAGCGAAUCUACUCCGACAAUGGUAAAACAUUUGUCAGUGCAUCCAAAUGGAUUGAGCAAGUAAUGAAAGAUGAGAGGAUCUAUGGGUUCCUCGCCCAGCAGGGGAUCGAGUGGAAAUUCAAUCUCAGUUGUGCGCCCUGGCCACUAGAUUAUGUGGAGGAUGACAUCGAGCUGCCCAUCCUUACCCCAAGUUCUCUAUUGCACAUGCAACCGAAUGCACUGCCAGAAUUGGAGCCAAACCACAUCCAAGACUAUGACCUCCGAAAGCGUGCAAAGUACUUGGGCAAGUGUAAAGAUGUAGUGUGGUCCCGCUGGACCAAAGAAUACCUGAGGGGGCUCCGGGAGAGACACCGCCUAAAGCACAAGGGUGACAAUGCCCAUCCAGCAGUAGGAGAUGUGGUUAUCAUCAAGUCCGAUGAAAAGAACCGUGCUCAAUGGAAGUUGGGCGUGGUGAUCAACUUGAUAAUUGGUCGAGAUGGUGUGGUCCGAGGAGCAAAGCUACGCACUCCCAAGUCAGUCAUUGAACGCCCACUGCAGCAUUUGUAUCCUCUUGAGCUUACCUGUGACAUGACAAUGGCACCAGCAGCUCUGAACCCUACUGUACCAGCCUUUAGACCACGAAGAAACGCUGCAGUUGCUGCUAGGGCUCGUAUCCAGAAACUUGCUCAAACGGAUGAUCAAGACUAG